CAGCUGUCCACUCACAUCUUCCAAUAUGCAUUUCAUUAAAAUAGUGGUUGCUGUAAUCUUGUCAGCUGUGCUCUGCGAGGCAGCAGUAGUAACUGAGAAUGGCCUGCCUAUUCUUUGGGAAAAAGCCCCAAGUCAGCUUUCUGAGCUGCCCACAGCUGACGGUAUGAUCCAGGUAAACCCAUGGGACUACCUGCAGAGAAUGGCCCUGUACAAGGUGCUGAUCAACUCCACUAACCCCUACAUGAAAUCCAUGGGCCCUGGAUCGACAGAAAACCCUAUGUGGAGCCUUCCUCUGCAGCUGGGCUGGAAACUCAGAUCAGACAGGUUGACUGAUCCAACCUUGGGCAGUACCAGCACUUGUGGACUGGAAAGUUACGAACCUGUUUGCAUCUCUCCCCAAAGCUGGUAUGCAUGUAUAAACUACUACAUGUCUGUGCUUCCAUUCCUGGCCGCAGUUCAGACUGGUAUAGUUGGAAAGGGUGAGAUUCAGGUGCACAUUAAUGUUCCGGCUGAGCUGGCUCAAGAUUACUGCUCAAGUUUCACAGAGUGUUCCACUAAACAUCCUGAUGCCAUGACUAAAUGGCAAACAUUCUUCGAGUCUCUGCAGCAAAUUAGUGAAUCCGAGGACACAGAUUUUGACAAGAAGGACAAGAUUCUGGGACUGCUGUGGGCAGCAGAGGAGGACUCUCAAACUGCCUCAUUUGGCUGCAGUGAAAAGCAGAAGUUGUACUCCACUCCUGAGGUUCAGUUUGGAGAGAGCUGGCUCAACUCAGCAGCGUAUGUUUCAGCUGCUCAUUUCCACAGCAACAUUGAGAAGUCAGAGAAGUUCAUGGCUCCUUUGCCGAGCCGGGUGCUACAGGAGUCUGACAGCCCGCCAAACAUCGCCGAUCUGAGUGCUGAGGAGAACCACACACUCUAUAUUUUCAGCUGGAUGACCACUGUGAACCGACUUCUUGGUGGCUCUCUAGUGAAUCUCUGGCGUAGAGCUAUGUGUUCAACCCAGGCCCGUGAGAAAGGUCAGGACCUCCUCCACAACCUCAUACUUGACCCCAAGUUCCCUGGUUCCAGUCUGAUGUCCAUUCUGACUGAGAUGGCCACCAGCUGUUGACAGGACACAAUAUCAGUUUACAAUCUCCAGCGGAUUUACAGUUUUUCUCAAUUGCUAAAACACAAUUUCUGAAACCUUGCUCCAUUUUCUGAAAACAUUAAACACAAAACCUCAUCUUCAAGCACUAUUUACAAAACCUCUGACUCCUCUUGCAAAAUGAAACUUUCGCUUCAAAACAGUUUUACCUGUGUUCAAAAUCAAACACUGCUCUCAAAACAGUUUUACCUGUGUUCAAAAUCAAACACUGCUCUCAAAUCAUAAACAAAGUGAUCAAAAUGCUAUACACUAUCAAGCAGUCAGUAAACAAUAUACCAAAAAAUGUAAAACACAUUGUUCAAAACAUAUAGUUCUCAGGGAGAACUACAUUUUUAAUCUCAAAACAAAUUUCAUAUUUUUUCAUUGUACAGUCUACAGCAGUGCACUGUACUACAGUAUACGAUACUCAAAGGGACACAAAUGAAAGGAGUAAACAUGUGAUCAAUGUGCUUCUUGUCUUUGGCCUGGGUCAGGCCAGAGCACUUCGUCAACAUCACAAGCAAUAUUGUCCCUCCUGAGGCAACGGGGGAAGAAGCCUCUUGUGUGUCGUAUCUAGCCCUGACAUGAUUCCUCACCAAUAUCACCACAGGCUAAAUCCAUGGCUUGCAGCAGAUUUACUCUGGUGUAGGGUUGUCUAUCAUAAACUUUCCAUCUCCAAGAGGAGAAAAACUCCUCAAUCGGAUUCAGGAAAGGCGAGUAUGGAGGGAGGUACAAGUUCAUAAACUGCCCACUGAUGUUAAACCAUUCCCUUACCUGAGCAGCUCGGUGGAAACUGACAUUGUCCCACACUAUCACAUAUGUGGGAAUGGGAUUCUCAUUUAGCUCUUGACCCUGCUGCUCUUCAACCUGCUGCUGAAAUAAAAUAUCUCUUAGAUUAGCCAUAAAUCUUAGAAGGUGCUGGGUGUUAUAUGGCCCGAGUGUAACAUGGUGAUGUAGAACACCAUGGUUGCUAAUAGCAGCACAGAUUGUGACAUUGCCACCUCGUUGACCAGGGACUUCAACAAUGGCCCGCUGUCCAAUCAUGUUUCGGCCUCUCCUUCUCCUCUUUGUUAGAUUGAAGCCAGCUUCAUCGACAAAGAUGAACUCAUGGGGUCUGUCCAAGGAUUCCAAGUCAAAUAUUGUCUGUGUAGAAAUACAAUAUACUGUAUUUAGAAUUGUGUAAGUCGUACAGAGACAGUGAUAUACUGUAGAGUACAAUUAGGCCUACUGUAUGCACUUCUAAUUCACAUACAUUGUAUAUACUGAAGAGUAAUGUCAUUCACAUAAUAUGUGUUAGUACUGUAGACAAUCUGGAUUACAGUAAAUGUUUCUGAAUGUCCACUUACUUGCACAUACUGAGCUCGCAGUUCUUUCACCCUUGGUGAGUUGCGCUCAAAAGGUACUCUGUCUACUUGUUUCAUUCGCAUCCUGUUACGAUGGAGGACACGGUCAAUUGUGGAAAUGCUCACACUGUCGAUUCCCUGGAAGUGUGUGUUGUCUUGUAUCACUCGUUCCUGGAUUUAUCUGAGUCGUAUUAAAUUAUCUUGAAGGACCAUGCCCACUAUAACGGCCUCUUGCUCAGGAGUGAAUAUAGCUGUCCUUCCACCUGCAUGUGGCAGCCUUGCAAUUCUAAAAAAAAGUAGAUGUGCAGUUACAAAAAAAUGCAUGCAGUAAUAUACAUACAGUAAUGUAGUUUGCAAAUGUCUAUUGAAACAGUUGCAUAUAGUGUAGUACAGUAAAUUUGCUAUUACAAAAAUACAGUAGUAUACUGUACCUGUUCUCUUCUCUGAAUGUCCUUACUAUGGUGGACACAGAAAAUCGGCUCAAAUUGGGUUGCACUCUAAGUCCUGCUUCCCUCAUUGUCAGUCCAUGGACAAGAACAUGGUCUAUGACUGUUGCUCGAAUUUCAUCAGAUAUUUCCACUCUUUGUCUUCCUCUUCCUCCUCCUUCUCCUCUUCCUUGCCCUCCUCCUCCUCCUCCUCGCCCUCCUCCUCCUCUUUCUUGCCCUCCUCCUCCUCCUCUUCCUCUUCCUCUUUCUUGCCCUCCUCCUCCUCGACGCCCACCUUGCAUACGCACUCGUCCUCGUCCUCUCACAUUGUUUCUUCUAUCCAUUCUCAGACUUUCUCCUUCCCACCUUCAACAACCUGUUUGCUCUCUGAACUGGCUUAUAUUGGUUGUGUCACAUCAUUUGAAACAGGUUGAAUCAGUUUUGAGUGGUUGUGUUCAAUCAAAUGACAUGUGUUCUCUAUUUGUAUUUGAUUGUUGCCACUUGUGUUUACCAGUAUGGAUGACAUGUGCAUUAGAGUGCAGAAUGUGUUUUGAGAAUGAGAAUGUGUUCAGAGUUUUGCUGAAAAGUCUAAGUGAGAUCUGCAAAUUGUGUUUUACCAUGUGAAAUUGUUUACGGUAUUGACAACAGACUCCACAAUUAAUGAGUUCAGGCAACUGAGAACUUUGUUCAGCCAAUGGAUUUUAGUGUUUUAGCAAUUGAGAAAAACUGUAAACACUGUGUACAAUAAAGACCAGUUUCUAAAAGGUUCAUUCUUUUUAGUAGAUUUUACAGUGAACAGCUUUUAUUAAAAUGCAGGUGCUUGCCGCAACAACACUACAUCCCAGAUGUUACCAUAUAUAAUUUAUACCUUUAACUAAAUAAAAUCAGAAAAAUCAAA